ACGACACUUCCUUGUUGUGUGUGUUGUGAGAAGUUUGUGCGCGUACCGCGAUUGCCAGUAUUUUCGUCUGCUUUAACACCAGAUUUGCAGCAUGGAUCAUAAUAAUCAUAUGAUGAUGGACACAGGCACGGGCAUGCCACCUACUGCAGGGGAGAAUAUGUCAAUGACAACGAUGGACAUGUCUGGUCAUUUAGACCAUAUCACAUCAGGUGAUCACAGUGGGACGAUGAUGAUGAUGUACUUUCAUUUCAGUACAAAAGUAACUAUUCUAUUCAAAGAAUGGACUAUAGAUGGCAGUGUUGGCGCAAUGCUUGGAUCGUGUAUAGCCAUAUUUUUUUUGGCUGUUUUCUACGAAGGCCUUAAAGUGCUCAGAGAGUCUCUGCUUCGAAAAAAUGUUGUAAAUGUCCGCUACAGUUCAAUGCCAGUCGGAAAACAAGGAGGCAGUGAUACAGUGCUCACGGAAACGCAUGGACAUGGAAGAGCUCGUAUACUUAGCCUGGCACAUUUAUUACAAUCUGUCCUCCACGUGGUGCAAAUAACUAUUAGUUACUUCCUGAUGUUAAUAUUUAUGACGUACAAUGUAUGGUUGUGUAUAGCGGUUGCGCUCGGUGCUGGAGUGGGCUAUUUUGUCUUUGGUUGGAAAAAGACGGUUAUUGUGGAUAUAAAUGAACACUGUCAUUAAUUAAGAUUUAUCUUUCAUACCUGAAGUUCUUGGGCAUUUGACGUUGUGUAAAAGCUGAUUCAAACUGUCAGAUUAAUCUUAUAAGACAAAUCUUAUCAGACAUCAGGUUGUUCUUGUGUGUUCCAUCAGAUCUAAUGGUGCCAUAGAAGGCUGUACAAUCUGUACUGAUGUGUUCCAUCAGAUUGUCUUAUCAGAUAAAUCUGACGGUGUCAUAGAAGGCUGUACAAUCUGAACUGAUGUGUUCCAUCAGAUUGUCUUAUCAGAUAAAUCUGACGGUGUCAUAGAAGGCUGUACAAUCUGUACUGAUGUGUUCCAUCAGAUUGUCUUAUCAGAU